UAUUAUUUUCCCACUCCAUACUCCUUUUAUCCUCCCUCACUCCCACCCCUCCCUCCCUCCCUCCCUCCCUCUAGAGAUCGACGACAACGACUAACACGAUGUUGUUGGGUAAGAGAGCUCGUCGUCACCCUAUGAAGAGAACCACCAGUAUGACGGAGUUCUCUUACGACGAUCUCUCCAUCAUCCAUCCUCAUCCUCCUCCACCAUCCUCGUCAUCCGAUCAACCCCGUGACGGGGUUGUUGCACUAGAUCAUGCUUAUAACACUCAACACCUUCAUAAAGUUAUGGGUUUUGUUUCUCCUAGAGGGAUCCAUAGGCGUAACUCUGCUGAUUUUGCUCUUCAAUCUUCCAGCUCUCCUACUAACAAUACCUUCCUCAGAACUUGCUGCCUUUGUAGCCGACGCCUCGCUCCCGGCCGUAAUAUCUACAUGUAUAGAGGAGAUAGUGCAUUUUGCAGUUUAGAGUGCCGGCAACAGCAAAUGACACAAGAUGAGAGGAAAGAGAAAUGCACUCCUAAAGAAUCCAAUUCUUCUUCAUCUCACCCUACACCUGUCUCUUCUUCCAAACCCGAGAAAAUCGCUGCGUUGUAAGGGAUAUUUACCACAAAACGACGAGUUUUGUAUUUUUUUUUUUUCCUUCCUUUUUUUUCCCUCUCCCACUUACAAGAAUAUAAAUAUAUAAAAAAAAAAAAAAUGGAAGCUUUAUGCUUGAUAUUAUUAUUAUGGGAGGUGGGGCCAAAAUUGGAAUUUCGACUACGGUAUCUGAAUUGUGGUCGUGGCUAAUCAUCUUAUAUUUGUUAUGCACGCUUGUAAAGAUUUACCAGCUGUUGGCUAAUCAUCUCAUAUUUGUAAUGCACGCUUGUAAAGAUUUACCGGUUGUUACUAUGUAUGAUGAAAGGUUUUGAAUAUAAUGGUAGGUUUGGAAUUCUAUGUGUAUAUCAUUUGCAACUUAUGCUAUGUAAUUUGAGCAUUGAAAUAGCAA